AUGCCCAUCGUUGUGUUCCCUACCUCCCAGCUGCUAUGGGUGCGGGUCGCUGCUGUGUUGUUCACCUGCGUCACAUUCAGCGUGGAGGCGCACGGGGCUGGGCUGACCCACGUAGGCAUGGCAGACUGGUGCAUCUUCUGCUGGGUGUUCAGCUUUGCCUGUUCCCUACUGGUUCUGCUGGUGGAACAGUGCAGCCUCCAGGCUCGGAUCCCUGUCUCCUGGACCAACUUUCCCAUCACCAUCGCCAGCUAUGCCGCCCUCCUCUGCUUCUCAGCUUCUAUCAUCUUCCCGGUGUAUUUCCUCAAGAACCAGACACUGCCCUACGAGGUCCGUGACCACCGGAUUGCCUCCACAGUCUUCUCUUGCCUGGCAACAGUGGCCUACAUGUGGGAGGUGAGCCUGACCAAAGCCCGGCCAGGAGAGGUGGCUGGUUACAUGGCUACAGCUCCAGGUUUGAUGAAGGUCUGCCAGACCUUUGUGGCCUGCAUUAUCUUCAUUCUGGUCAGCAAUCUGGUGUCUUAUAACCAGCACGCAGCCUUGAAGUGGUGCUUGGCGGUGUACUGCAUCUGUUUCAUCCUUUCCAUGGCCAUAGUGGUGCUGUGUGUGGGAGAGUUCACCAACUGCCUCCCCAUCCCAUUCUCCAAGUUUCUGUCAGCCUACGGGCUCCUGGCGGUCAUCAUGUAUCUGACGGCCACUAUAGUUUGGCCUGUGUUCCAGUUCAGCAAAACGUACCAGGGCAGUGUAAACAACUCAACUAAUCCAAUUGCUGUGGCUGUGUUCACUGCUCUCAACUUCCUGCUUUACCUUGCUGACCUGGCCUACUCGGCCAGAUUGGUGUUUGUCAGCGUCUGAGCUGAUAGACAUGAAGAACAUAAAACAGCAGGGAGCUGGAGGGGCACUGAAGAGCAGAAGAUGACGGAGACAGCAAUGAAAACAAUUCUUAU